AUGCUGGUCCUCGCGGUGAUCCAGGCUCAUGGUGCAGACGACGGCCUCUUCGUCACUGAGUACUUCACGCGGACGCCUCGAAAGCUCAACGCCUACAACUCGUUCGCCAGCGUGGAGCUGUUCCACUUCAGUGUUCCGGAAGAUUCCAUGAUGGCCGUCUGGAACCUCAUCACCUUCAAGGAGCAGGGAGGCACGUUCGGGGACCGCUGCCCCAACCGCAACGUCACCGUGUACUUUCGACCCGGAGCGCCGCCGGUGAUAAACCCUCUUCACACCACGUUCCCGCGGGACACGGCGGUUCCAGCGUCGUUUGCCGUGACUCUGACCUGGACGCUCCCAAACCGCACGACCGGAGCCUUCAACGUCACCAGCCCCAUCCCCGGGGACUGGUUCCUGGCAGCGCACCUGCCCAAGGACGAGGGCAAGAUCUCAGUGAAGAGGUUGAAGGGCCUGUCUGAGGAAUGCCAGUACCUGUUCCAGCCUCAGCUCAUCGUGCAGAGACUGAUCGGGAUCUCGGUGCUCUACCCUGGAUUCUUCAUCGACCAGUUGAUCCCGGCUCACAACAGAUCUGCUCUGUACAAAGUCUUCAUCCCGAACCAUGUGUCCAAAGUGAAGGUGGAGCUGGUGAACUGUAGCUCUCAGAACCGCAGCGGUGAGUGUCCGGUGGUUCUCAAGCUGAGGCCCCGCGCUCCCCCGGUCCACAACUCCAGCGCUCUGGACUGCAGAGAGUGGAGCCCCUGUGAACUGAGCUCUGCUGCCCCCGCCUGGGACCAAUGGUACUACAUCCUGGUGGAGCGCUACCUCAGCAACGCAGACGUCUACUUCCGCAUCGGCGUCCAGAUCACAGAUGUCAUGAAGAGAAAGCUGCAGUCUCCAGGAGAGAGAGAGAUGAGCACAACUCGUCCGUUUUUCAUCUCGCAGCAGAAUUUACGCUUCAAUUUCAGCGGCGAGCACAGCACCAGCGGCGAGCACAGCACCAGCGGCGCCGGCUUCUCCCAGGACUGA